UGGGAUUUGGGGGUGAUCGGGGGCUACUUCCUGCUCGUCAUGGCCGUGGGGAUCUGGUCCAUGCGCAGGCGCUCCGGCCGUUCUCUCUCCGGGUAUUUCCUGGCCGGACGCAGCAUGAGCUGGGCCCCGGUCGGGGCGUCGCUCUUUGCCAGCAACAUCGGCUCGGGGCACUUCGUGGGGCUGGCGGGGACGGGCGCGGCCGGCGGCAUCGCCGUGGGAGGCUUCGAGUGGAGCGGCAUGUUCAUUGUGCUGCUGCUGGGCUGGGUGUUCGUCCCCAUUUACCUGAGAGCUGGGGUGAGCACCAUGCCCGAGUACCUGGGCCGGCGAUUCGGGGGGAGGAGGAUCCGGCUCUACCUGGCCCUGCUGUCCCUGGGGCUCUACAUCAGCACCAAGAUCUCGGUGGAUAUGUACUCGGGGGCUCUGUUCAUCCGCGAGGCACUGGGCUGGGACCUGUACGGCUCGGUGGGGGCGCUGCUGGGCAUCACCGCCCUCUACACCGUCACUGGUGGGCUGACGGCGCUGAUGUUCGCUGACCUGGUGCAGACCUUGAUCAUCAUCGCGGGAGCCUCGGUGCUGGCCGGCUACGCCCUGGGCGCUGUGGGUGGCUAUCAGGGCCUGCAGGAGCGCUACCCGCUGGCCGCGUCCCCCAACGCCUCAGGGCCCUGCGGGCGACCCCGGCCCGACGCCUUCCACCUGCUCAGGGACCCGGACACCGGGGACCUGCCCUGGCCUGGACUGGUGCUGGGACUGGGAAUCAUCUCGGCCUGGUACUGGUGUACCGACCAGGUGAUCGUGCAGCGCUGCCUGGCCGGCCGCUCCCUCACCCACGUCCGUGCCGGCUGCGUCGUCUGCGGCUACCUCAAGGUGCUGCCCAUGUUCCUGAUGGUGCUGCCCGGCAUGGCCGCCCGUGUCCUCUUCCCGGAUGUCGUGGGCUGUGCUGACCCCCAGGGCUGCUCCCGGGCCUGCGGCUCCGCCCUGGGCUGCUCCAACGUGGCGUACCCGAGACUGGUGCUGGGCCUGCUGCCCCACGGGCUGCGGGGGCUGAUGCUGGCCGUGGUGCUGGCCGCGCUGAUGUCGUCGCUCGCCUCCAUCUUCGCCAGCUCGGGGGCGCUGUUCACGCUGGACGUGUACCGGAAACUGCGGGGAGGGGCGGGGCCCAGAGAGCUCCUGCUGGCCGGAAGGCUGUGGGUGCUGGCCAUGGUGGGGCUGAGCCUGGCCUGGCUGCCGGUGGUGGAGGCGGCGCGCGGGGGGCAGCUCUUCGAUUACAUGCAGGCCCUGGCCUCGUACCUGGCCCCGCCCGUGGCCGCCGUCUUCUUCCUGGCCGUGUUCGUGCCGCGCGUCAACGAGCCCGGCGCGUUCUGGGGCCUGCUGGGGGGUUUGGGGCUGGGCCUGGCCCGGCUGAUUCCCGAAUUCCUUUUGGGAUCGGGGUCCUGUGGGACCCCCGGGCGCUGCCCCGAGCUGCUCUGUGGCCUCCAUUACCUGCACUUCGCCGUCCUGCUCUUCCUGCUCACCUGUGCCAUCGUCCUGGGCGUGUCCUGGUGCCACCCGCCCAUCCCCAAAGUUCACCUGCACAGGUUGGUGUUCAGCCUCCGGAACAGCCGCGAGCCCCGAAUCGACCUCGAGGAAGUGGGCGCGGCACAGGAAGAGGAAGCUACUUCCGGUGUGGGCGUGGCACCGGAAGUGGGCGUGGGUCCUCCCCCCGAGGACCCCAAAUGGAGCCGAUUGGUCGACAUCAAUGCGCUGGUGCUGAUGGGCGUGGCCUCUUUCCUCUGGGGAUAUUUUGCCUGA